GUUCAACAUGGCGCUGGUAAAAGUAAGAGACUUCAGCUAAUGUCAGACAGUUUGCUCAAACUUGUCCCGCUCAUGCUCUUCUAGGCACAGGAAAGUUAACAGACAGCCCUCCGAGGCAGCAGGAAAAGUUUAUUUCUGCUUUUCUGGAUCUGAUGCUUGCUUGCAGCAGCCUCCUCCAUCAGCACCAUGUUUGCCAAAAAGAAGAAGCCUCGAGUCCAGAUCUCUGCUCCAUCCAACUUUGAGCACCGUGUCCACACAGACUUUGACGAGCAGGAGCAGAAAUUCGUUGGGCUGCCGCGCCAAUGGCAGUCCCUCAUCGAAGACACCGCCAAGAGGCCGAAACCGUUCAUCGACGCAACCAUCAUCACGACUGUUGAGCCGCGAAAGACUAUUGUUAGAGGCAGCAAGUUGGGAGCAGACGGCUCCUUAACGUGGCUGCUCGAUGAGUUCGACACCAUGUCUGUGACUCGCUCCAACUCCCUGCGACGAGGCAGCCCUCCUGUUCAGCCUCGCAGGGACUCCGGCUCCUCAGGUGGAGUAGGCAGAGAGCACGAGAAUGGAGACCCUCAGCACAAGCACUACGCGCACCAAGACAGACAAGACAGGGACAGACACAGACAGGACCACCAGGGCGAGCCCCGCCACCAUCAGCGUGGAGUCCAUCCACAUUCCAGAGACGAGGAUAUGCAGGGUCGGCCCCAGCAGCAGCCUCGGGGCCAAGAGCCCAGCAAGGCGUACAGGGACCGGAUCGGCUCGGGUCAGCACCCUCCUGCUCACAGAGACAGAGAUCCUCGGGAGCAGGAGCAGGUGGUCCGCCGGGACCAACAGAGCGACCACAGGCCCAAGUCCAGCUAUGCUGCACGCGAGGGCAGUCCAACAUCUCCAAGGGACAAGAGGCCUCUCUCUGGACCAAACAUCCGAACCCCAAACCUGCCGAUAACUGAGGGUGUGAUGAAGACCGCCCAACAGAACACACGGCCUUUCAACACGUACCCGCGGACAGACAGUGAAGGUGGACGCAGUCCCACGGGACAGGUGGGCCAUCACCAUGAAUCCCCUCAGAAUGGACCAUCCAGCAGCUCCGCCAGAGGCUCUUCCACAUCCAAGCCCCCAAUAAGCCAUCCUCCAACUCAUCACGCCUCCCACCCCAUCCUCACCCCUGAUUCCUCUCAGCACCCACACACUCCUCACCCCAAUGUCCCGGCCCCGCGUCCCCCUGUGCCCAGCGGGCCCCCAGGGUCAGCCGCUCCGUCUCAGGGCCGCUCGCCCCAGAGGGAACCCCAGAGGGUUUCCCACGAGCAGUUCAGAGCGGCGCUGCAGAUGGUGGUGGAUCCUGGCGACCCGCGGACCUACCUGGAUCACUACAUUAAGAUCGGUGAGGGCUCCACGGGAAUCGUGUGCAUCGCCACGGUGAAGACCACGGGAAAACUGGUCGCCGUAAAGAAGAUGGACCUUCGGAAACAGCAGCGCCGAGAACUUCUCUUUAAUGAGGUGGUGAUCAUGCGGGACUAUCACCAUGAGAACGUGGUGGAGAUGUACAACAGUUACCUGGUGGGGGAUGAGCUCUGGGUGGUCAUGGAGUUCCUGGAGGGAGGAGCUCUCACCGACAUCGUCACCCACACCAGGAUGAACGAGGAACAGAUCGCCACCGUGUGUCUGUCAGUUCUGAAGGCGCUGUCUGUCCUGCACACCCAGGGUGUGAUCCACAGAGACAUCAAGAGCGACUCCAUCCUCCUGACUCACGAUGGCCGGGUGAAGCUGUCAGACUUUGGUUUCUGCGCUCAGGUUUCGAAGGAAGUUCAGAGGAGGAAGUCUCUGGUUGGAACGCCGUACUGGAUGGCUCCAGAGCUUAUAUCCAGGCUGCCUUAUGGACCAGAGGUGGACAUCUGGUCUCUGGGCAUCAUGGUGAUAGAGAUGGUGGACGGAGAGCCGCCAUACUUCAACGAGCCGCCGCUUAAAGCCAUGAAGAUGAUUCGAGACAACCUGCCCCCCAAACUGAAGAACCUGCACAAGGUCUCCCCUCUCCUCAAAGGCUUCCUGGACCGGAUGCUGGUGCGGGAACCGGCCCAGCGGGCCACGGCCGACGAACUCCUGAAGCACCCGUUUCUGUCGAAGGCAGGUCCGCCAUCAUGCAUCGUCCCCCUGAUGCGGCAGAACAGGAUGAGAUGAAACGUGACACUAAAGACCUCCGGGCUGUGAAGGCGACUCAGGUGGAACAGAAUACUCCUGCACACGGAUCCGAGGCGCGUCGUUAACACCAACGCCAUAAGAAAAGUUGAAGCAGCUGUGCAGGAGUAUUCUCUUAAUCUGGUGUGAGUCACUCAACUGUGGGGAGUGCGUUCCCUAAAUAAGAGGCAAUAAUGAUGGUGUGCGCGAGUGUGUGGGUGAGUGUGUGUAAUUGGAUGUUUCUGACGUCUGGAGGCUGAGCCGCGAAGGAGCAGCAGAGGAGCCGUCUGUUUUUUAUCAUGGAGGAGGAGGAGCUGGACGCUGUAGAGGCUCAUUUCUGUGGUCUGUUUGGUCUGCAGCCAGAAUCGGAUGUUUUGAAGGAGUCUGUGACGCUUGGAGUAACUUUUUAACCUCACCUACCCGACAAUCUACAAACGUUUUCACUACAGAGCCUCGUCCCAACCUUUGGACUCCUUAGCAGCCUGAAUUUACUACUGACAGUGGCAACCUUUGAACUCAGACUGUAUUUUGUAGCCAUAAAUAUCUUAGCUUCCUGUUGUAAACGAGCAGAAACACACUAAGUGAACAUGUAAACACUGGAGUCAUGGUAGCAGAGGACUUGUUCCACUAAUUUUCUAUUAUUCUUGUGUAAGAACAGUGAAAAUAGAGCGGUUAUAUCCCUUUUAAUGACUUUUUUCUGUCUGUUUUGUGAUAGAUGUAUUUUGUUUAUCAUAGAGUGAAACUUAUCAAGCACUGGUGACUAGAGAUGCAUAGAAGCUGCACCCCAGUUCAUGUCUGCUACACUAAAACUUUUAAACUUUGUUUUUUUUUGUUUGUUUUAGAUCAGAUAACCAAUCGGCACACAGUCCCAUAACACUAAGUCAAAAUUAACUAUUUCUGUUUAUUUUUGUAAUAACUGUAGCAUUUUUAGAACUAUAGACUUUUCUUUUGUUUGUUUUUUUAUUUAAUUAUCCACUUUAGAAAAUGAACUAAAAAACACUAAAACUUCUUCCUCCUCUCUGCGUUUUUUUAUGUCUCUCCUGACCAAUGAGAAGGACCUAUUUUCUCUGUGAGCUACACUGUUUUAACUAAUUAAUGCCACACAUCCUGAUUUCCCAAUGAGCCCUGAAAGCAGCAAAAAGGAACAAAUUUACGGUUUACCAUCUGAAUUGAACCAAGUAAAGAAAAAAAGUUAAAAUGUGUCCUCUAGUAAAUAUUUGACUCUCUCUCCAUUGAGUCUUUGUUUUCCUUUGAGGACCAGUUCUGCAGGAAUCAAUGUUUUUCCAUUUACCCUUGCAAAAAUCUGCCCUAAUAUCUCCCAUUUGAAUUAUAAACUCUGCUUUUAGCUUGUUAAAGAUAGGCCUAACAAGAUUAUCCUAGCAAGCAGUACUUGGUGUUACUUUUUUAAAUGGCAUGUCUCCAUGAAUCAGCAGCAAUUCUGACCCAUCACCCUCAGAUUCCACAUACUCAGCGCUCCACUCCGCCCCGCUUACGUAUUUCGUGAAGAGUACUUCUGUCAUGUUAAUCAAUGAGAGCUGUUCCACAUCCUCCGCACGUCAUCGUCCACGUACGUCUUCUCCGUCCAUCACCGUCAAAAUACAGAGCAGAGCUAUUUUUUGCUCGCACCAAACAGGAAAAAGAACGUCGAAGAUCCAGUUUGUCAAAUUAAGAUAUGGUAACUAAACAUUAGACCAUAAUUCUUAUAUUUUACCCAAUACUAAGAGCGUUUAAUUAAAUGAUUGGAUGCAAACUAUUGGUACUUCAACAUACCAGGAAGCAGAUUUCUCAUCUCCAUCAAAUUAUUUAUUUUAUACCG